AUGCCCGGUAUCUUAGAACACCUAAGAGGGGGUGGAUGGUUCUUUGGCCAAGCGUUUGUGGACUGCUGCAAUGAGCUGAAGCGCGAUGGGCGCAUGGCAUAUGAGCGGCUGGACGAAGGUGCCAACUACUCCCAGCACGUGGCUGAGGUCGCAGCCGACAUUGACCGAUCAAGGUGCUCCUUCUAUCAGGGCGACGCAUGCAGCCUGAACCCGGACCUUGGCCAGUUUGAUGUCGUUCUCAUGGCAAAUCUCCUCUGCCGCCUCCCAAACCCAACAGCGUGCCUUGACUCGCUGCCGACCUUUGUGCCACGUGGCGGCCACGUCGUCAUCACCUCUCCCUUCUCCUGGCUCGACGAGUUCACAGACCGCGACCAAUGGCUCGGUGGCCACGAUGGCAAGGCCUCGCGUGACGGCCUGGUGGAGCGCAUGUCCGCCAACGGCUUCAAACUCGUCAAGGAGGACUCCAUUCCGUUCCUCAUCCGCGAGCACGCGCGCAAGUACCAGCUUGUCUUCCCGCACCUCGGCGUCUUCCAGCGUCAGUGA